AUGAGUGCUGCUGACGAAGAUCCAGGCAAAUGCAGUCGGAAAACAGCUUUGGCAAUAUUCUUUCUGCUUGAGCUGAUCGCUUAUUUGCUAAGCUGUAUUGCACUGAUAAGUCCAAGCUGGCAGUACGUCUAUCUGGAGAAUGGACGUACGGAACAUCACCAUGGUUUAUGGCUUGACUGUAAGCGAGAUUAUUCGCACGAUUAUGGUCGAAGUCGUGAGUAUUAUGAGACACUUUACAGGCUGGAUAAGCAGCAGUCUCCGCUCGAUCAAUUUUUCCUCACAUCGUUGCUUUGCGUGUACAAAUUUGAUUAUUACAUUGAUUCGGAGGAUUUAUUUGACCACAACCAUGACGAGAAUCGCCUCCAGGAUGAUGCGAAUCAGCACCUGCUCCUGGGCUGGAAGUUGGCAUCACUGGCGGCUUUCGGGUUCGCCACAUUAACAGCCGGUGCUGCGUUGUUACUUUCAGUUUGUGCCUUCUGUCAUCGUACUCUUAUUUGUGCAGCAGCUGUACUCGUCACCGUUGCUGCGUUGCUGUCGUCCGCAGGUCUGCUAGUUUUUUAUAUCUGGGCUAACUAUCAAGAUAACAAUAUCAUAAAAGAAGAGGAUGGCAUCUAUGAGCAACAUUUUGGGUGGGCAUUAUACAUGCAAAUUGCUGGCACGUUCAUCUAUUUUCUUGCUUCGUUUAUGGGCUGCGUUACAACCGCAAUAGCAUUCAAAAAGGAUCGAGCUAAACUGGUCAAAAUCGAGGUGGUUGACGGGGAUGAAUCAAUUCUGCUGGACAAAAGCUCCUCUCUGCCAUUCAAGCGUUCGUUUUCGGCAGUCUACAAAGUCGACUCAGCAGCACUAAGAAGAUGGGAAAAGGAUUAUAUGAAUCUUGUGAAGUCCGGAAGCGCUGCCAACCGAAACAAUUUCAAGCGUGCUACUUCGGUUCCGAAUUUCAAGAAAUACCCAAGAGUGAAUCAGAAGAGUCCGGACCAGCAAAAAAUCACGAAGUCGAUCUCAGAUCUGUUUACGAGUACAGAUUAUUGCAAUUUCAGCACCACAACCAAAACAUUUACUUCAACGGCAAGAGCUGGGCCAUCACCAGCACCGCCAACUCCUAAGUCGAUUUUAAAAGCAUCGUCGAAGCGAGCACCAUCACUGUCAGAAGCAACUCAGCACCUAAGCGAUGAUCCUGACUUAACUUAUGAAUACUUGCCAUGCGAUUCGGUGGGCAAAUCACAAAGUAUGGAAACGAUCACCAAAUCAGUUACCCCGUUUACCGAUACUGCUGAUAUAUACGAUCAGAACCGGAGUACCCUUGAUUCGCGAAAUCACCCAGAAACGGCAGUAAACGUGUACGACAAAGUAUACGAGCAUAUCCCAGAUGCAAUAAAACCCGGUGUGUAUGAGCAGCCAAAUAGUUAUAGAACUCGAAAUCCGAGAGGUGCAGCUGGGAACACAGCGAUUAAAACUUGUCGCGAGUCGAAAUCAGCCUCACCAGCACUGGACUUGCGAAAUUUUGCUGUGGAGCAAAGAGGAAGCCCCUACUCACCCUCGCAACAUUCGUCCGGAGCUGGCGUGAAAGAUGUCGUCAUAAAUACGUUCGAUAUCGGGACGUUUGCGGCAAGGGAGGGCCAGAAGUCAAUUAAGAAUUUGGCGUUUCGGCCAAGCGAAAACGAAAACGUUGAAGAGUUCGAGCGUAGCGACUCAUCGGGGCCAAGCUCUCUGGGCACCUUUACAUCGAAUAAACGAAGGAAGUACCUCAGAGAUGAAACGGACCGUUCCGUUGGCUCCUCAGCCACGCUGGAAAACGAAACAGUGCAGGAUGAGAAGGAUGACGAACGGUGUGAAGCGGAACUACGGUUAAAUUUGUUCAUGAACGCCGCUGCUACAACGCCUUUAGUUUUCGGAAGCAAUUUGUCGCAAGCCAAGGAGAGCAAUAUUACCACUGUAUAG